AUGGCUUCGAACUCAUUACUCGCUUCGUUCAGGACUCUGAAAUUAGCGGCCUCCUCUCCGAGCUGUGCAGCCUGCUCGACCGUCCUAGCUCGAGGAUACGCGACCUCUUCAGAAUCUGCCCCACCGUCCAGCUCGACAUCUCAAGAAGCUCCUUCAUGGACGCCUUACUCUCAGAGAACCGGAUUGAUCGCUAGGAAACGUGGGAUGAGCGCCGUUUGGGACGACAAGGGUGUUCGUAUACCCGUCACGGUAUUACAGCUGGAAGACCUCCAAGUAGUAGCUCACAACCCACCAGCCGUCCCCAAACCCGGUCAACCCGCUCCUUUCUCCUCUAAACCUCUCCUUCACGCCCUACAACUCGGAACGACCGACCACCCCCGACCUAAACGCCUGUCCUCACAAUUCAGGGGUCAAUUCAAGAAGGCCCAGGUAGCGCCUAAACGGAAGAUCGUCGAGUUCCGAGUGACGGAAGAUGCGGUGUUGCCUGUGGGGACGACUUUGAGCGCGGCGCAUUUCGUUCCUGGGCAACAUGUUGAUGUUUCGGGUGAUUCGAUCGGAAAGGGUUUCGCGGGAGCGAUGAAGCGACACGGGUUCCACGGUCUGAAAGCGACACAUGGUGUCUCUCUGACGCAUCGAAGUGCGGGUAGUACUGGUCAACAUCAGGACCCUGGCCGAGUCAUCCCCGGUAAGAAGAUGGCGGGCCACAUGGGAACCACCCGCACGACCGUCCAGAACCUUCCCGUCGUCCGUAUCGACACCUCCCUCAACCUGAUCUUCGUCAAAGGCUGUAUCCCCGGGUUCGACGACGCCUACGUAGAGAUCAACGAUUCCAAGAAGAAGGUCAGGUGGGCCGGGAUGAAGGCUGUAAGGAAGGGGAAGCAGGAGGGAGAGUGGUUGGAGAAGAGUGGGGUCAAGGGAUUGCCAUUCCCGGCAGGGACGGACAAGGGGGAUUGGCCGGAGAUUGUACAGAUGGCUAGCAAGGCCUGA